AUGGCAACCAACGUGGCCGUGCUGGAGCUCCUCACACCGGGAACCGACCGCACGUUUCCGGCUCUCCCCAUACGCAUGUUUGUGAUACUCGCCCUCGUUGGCAUCUUGGGUCUCACGUGCCCUUUCACCAUGUGGGAAUACCACCGCAGCCUGCACGCCCGUCUGUACAUGGAUGUGAGUCCACGGCUAGCGGCCAAACUCAUCAUGGACAUGACUGCCCGGCCCGCCCUCUUCGCCCUCAUGGUUCAGUCCUAUUUCUAUUCGGCGAUGCUUCUACGGUGCAUCGCGUAUCCAACUUCGUACGAUUUGCUCUUCUUCCUUGUGACGCCGUGGCUGCUUUUGUGUAUCCUGCCUGGCCUACUUGUAGGAACAACGUCGCACGCCGUCAUCUGA